CCAAACCAAACGUCACCUUUCUUCUCACAGAGGCCAUUAGAAUCUCAAGACUCCUGUAAAUUUCCAUCUCUCUUCCAUGGAUGAAGCCAACAGUUGACUUCAUUAGGCUAUCACGAAGAAGAAAGCCAUGGCAGGAAUAAGCCCACAGAAGAUCGAUUGCGAAACCAAACUGUCUCUAACGAAAUGGUUUGCGGAUCUCGAUUGGCGUCUUCUCUUCCUGAUCGUACUUUCUCUGUUUCUUCUCGUUUUUAUUUCUACCCCUGUAAAUCCUUUCUCCUCCUUCUCUCCCAUUCAAUACUUCUUCCUCUUCAAUCGCAAUGUCACGGAUAAUUCGACCGCUAAUGAUGAUCUGAGUUCUGUUCCGGUUAUUGCGCCAGCGAAUUUGAGUCUAUCCACAGAGGCUAGGCCGUUGGAUUUGGAUAUGUCAAAAACGGCGGUGUGUUUGGUUGGUGGCGCUCGGAGGUUCGAACUUACCGGGCCGUCGAUUAUACAAAAUGUGCUUGAGGUGUACCCUAAUGCGGACCUGUUCUUGCACAGUCCGUUAGACAAGAAUGCCUUCAAGUUCUCUCUCUUGAAAGCCGCUCCCCGGCUAGCGUCGAUCAAAAUCUUUGAGCCGAAGCCGAUUUCAGAAACCGACUCGGAAGUCCGAGUCCUCACCUCCGCCGACUCGCCCAAUGGCAUCCAGGGACUGUUGCAGUACUUUAAUCUGGUGGAAGGAUGCCUCACGUUGAUUCAGUCUUACCAGAAACAGAAAAACUUCACGUACGACUGGAUAGUCCGAACCCGAGUAGACGGUUACUGGAACGCACCAUUAACCCCCGAGAACUUCAUCCCAGCUCAGUACGUUGUCCCGCCGGGAUCCAGUUACGGCGGUCUCAACGACCGGUUAGGCGUCGGCGACCUCAACACCACCUCCGUAGCACUCUCCCGCCUCUCCUUUGUCCCAGAGCUGGAUUCGGCCGGGUUCCGGCAACUCAACUCGGAGACCGCCUUUAAAGCCCAGCUCACUACACACGGCAUACCUUACCUCAGCAAACGCCUCCCCUUCUGCAUCGUCACGGACCGUGAAUACCACUUCCCUCCAAACCGAUUCGGCGUGCCCGUAGCGGCAUUGUCGAGUCCGGGUCCGUUAAGCGGGGCCAAAUGUAGGCCAUGCAAGCCGGUGUGUGAAGGGCCUUGUGUGGAGGCUGUCAUGUCAGGGCUUGAUAGAAGUUGGAGCUGGACGAAUUGGGAGAACGGGACUCUACAUUUAUGCGAUGCCCAUGGAGAGUGGGAGAGAGGUUGGGAGAGGGUUUUUGAUAUGGUCGCCGGGGACAGACUAGCCGCAGAGCGGAAGAGGGUGAAGGAGAUGAAAUUGAAAGAGUGUGUGAGUGAUUUUGAGGAGAUGAAGAGGCGGGCUUUGAACUGGGAGGCGCCGUCUGCGGAGGAGAUAUGCAAGCUUGGUCUGGAAACAACGUAAACGCAGAGAGGGCAAGUGAAGGGUUUGGGGUUUUGUGUAAAAAUAGAGAAGUAAGGUGGUCACUUCUGGAUUUACAGUAAUUACCAAUUUUUUUUGUGCAACUAUACCAAAUACUUUGUUUUGUUUUUUUUUUUUCCUUUUUUUCAAGUAGAUAGGGUGUAGUUCAACCGAUCCAAUCUUGGAUACUAGUAGAAUAUUAGACGUUUUAGUUGAGGAUAAUUUGAAAACUUAAUUGAAAUUCUUGA